AUGAUGGGUCUCGUUGACUACGGCAGUGACAGCGGCAGUGAAGCUGAUGAAGCCCCGGAAGAUGUUGGAACGUCCGCCGUUGUCUCCUCAUCGAAGUCUGCUCCAUUGCCCUCGACAUCAAAUGGCCAGGAUGACUCUUAUUUCGCUGCUGAUGAUGUUUUUGAAGGUUCAUCUGCCUUGAACUUGCCUUCUGUUAUUGAGUCAACAUCAACGACUUUAGUCACUGAAGGUGAGUUAGAAGAUAUAGUGAAGCCAAAGGAGUGGGAGUUGAAGAUGGCUGAGAAGGAGAGGCGGCGUAAAGAAAAGAAAGCUAAAAAGAAGGAGAAGAAAAGGAAAGAUAAAGAAACCCCUUCAACCGAAGCUCUUCCUAAUGUCAGAGAGAAAACUCCGAGAGGCAAAGCAAAGAUUGCAGCUUUUGGCGCGCUGAAUGCCAUUGUUGACGGGGUUGAUAGUGAAAGUGAUGAGGAGCAGACAGCCAAGCCCUCAAACCUCCCUUCGAAGCCCAAAGGAUGUGGUCUUCUGGCUAUGCUACCUACCCCGAAAGGAGGGGCUCGGAAAAGCGGUCUUGGCGGCGCCGGCGUUAAAGGCACGGGCAUUCUGCUUCCUCCUUCACUGAGAAAUAAAUCUAAGGCAACGCCCACUGUUUUAAAGGUUGUGAACGAGACUACAGCUACAAAACGACCAGCUGCAGGAUCAGACGACUCCGAUGAUGACGAUUUACCCACAGAUUUCUUUGGCUUAUCUUCAGCGCCUGAACCUAAAGUCCCAAAAGUUGGAGAUAUUCCUGCCUUGGUUAAUGGUGUUGCUGAUGUUAUGGGACCGUCACGACCUCAGAUACAGGAAGACAUUGACGACGGCUACGGUUAUCCUGAGGUUGAACCAUCGUCUAGCGAUAUGGCACCACCUGAAGGAGUCAUCACAGAUGAGGAAGCUCACCGCCUCAUUAUGAAAUAUGAAAUAAAUCCAAUGGGAUUGGAUCAUCAGCGUAGUUACAACUCUGUAGCAGCUGAAAUAGUUGACAUACGAGUGGAUGAUGCCCUUGGACCAGAUGUACGAGCAAACAUACUGAAGAACCUACACACAACAGCUCGUGCCAAAGACGCCACGGCUCCGUUACCAAAAUCUAAGAAUCCCGCUGAUGCCACAUCGAGACGAAAGCAUCAGAUCACGUAUUUGGCCAAUUUGGCUGUUGCUCGAGAAGAAGCGCUUCAACAACAGUGGGCAGAAAGCAAGCAGAUGAGAAGAAUCGGUCGGCAGAAAUAUGGAUUUUGA